CAUCUGUCAGUCACCUUCAAAUUUCUUUCUCGUUCCCAUUACUUAUAUGCUUAAAUCAUGUCUUCUAAUAAUCAACAAGUCGCGCUCACGAACACCUUUCGCUCUUAUAAUUCCAAAGUCCCAAUGUUUCUGCAAAAGCUGUAUAUGAUUGUCGACAAGGAAGAGACAAACGAUGUAAUUUCAUGGUCUCAGGAUGGGGAGUCGUUCUUCGUUCACGACCAUGAACGUCUCGCAAGGGAACACCUGCCCCAGUGGUUCAAACACAACAAGUUUGCUUCCUUCGUUCGACAACUGAACAUGUACGGAUUUCACAAGGUGCCUCACCUACAGCAGGGCGUACUGAAAAGCGAAACGGAAGCAGACCAGUCUCAGUUUAUACAUCCGUAUUUCCAGCGCGGGAAGGAGGAUCAGCUGAUAUUCAUUGAGCGGAAGAAACAGACGAAAGAUCAGGCUACCAUCGAAUUCGAGCCAGCUGACCCUUCUGUUCCUCCGACGUUUCCUUCUGGUCAAGCUCUCGACAUUCCUGCUAUUGUCAGCGGCAUUGCCGCUAUCAGACGACACCAGACGACGAUAUCACAGGAUCUGAGCGAACUUAAGCGCUCAGAUCAACUGCUGUGGGAGGAGGCUCUGCAGGCUCGGAACCGAUACAAGCAACAACAGGAUACUAUAAAUCGCAUUGUCAAGUUUCUAGCCAACCUUUUGACUCAGCUGGCAAGCUCCAGCGGCAAGGAAAAGGACUCGGGUCAUCCACGAGAUUCUCCCCAUGGCAUCGUUCCGCUCCAAACUCCACGUCUUAUGAUUGAGGACAAACGUAGAGACCCUGGGGGAAGUAAGGUUGGGAUAGUCGAGAUGGAGGAUGAAGACGCGAAGGACAUGGCUCCGUCUCCAGCUUGUAAUUUUUUUCUCGAUCAUGUUAGGAUAUGUUAUCUGACCUUCUCUCUUCCAGCGGUGAAAUGCCCGACCGUCGAGACACCUGAUUCUACCGUGCAGCGGUCGUCAACCACCUCUGAGGCAGUUUCUCCACUAAUCUCCGAAAUCUCUUCCUUCGCCACCCCAGCGGUAGACCUCGAAUACCCCCCUUCCCCUCCCAAUCUGAAUAGCGUCAUCGGUAUAGGACCGCCCGACCCCCAACCCGCUUCUCAAACCGAAAUUGAUCGACGGGUGCCAACCCCUUCCCUAAACGGCAUAAAUCUGGAAAAUUUGUCCACAUCUGAUUGGGACCUGAUCUCCUCGAUGCUCGGCCCGCUCGUCACAGACCCAUCACAGAACGACUACUCCCACCUCCCCAUAUUUGAUAUCGGUCAAUCUUCUCCCUCGCGACUCCCCCUCACCGGCAGCGACUACUCUUCCUCCCAUUCACCACCUUGCGACGGCCUCGACCCCCAGAGCCCUGGCGCCCUCCAAAAGCAGUUUCGACAUAUCGGGGACAUUGACCACGCAGUGGAGGCGCUCAACGGUGAUAUCGAUUCUCUGAGCAGCGUCUUGGGGAUUUCCCCCGCCGGCAGCCAACAGGUGGACACGAGCGGGAUGCCGGAUAUCGAUUACAGCUCCUUCCUCAAUUACGCGACACCUCCACCGGUUGAUAUUGCUAAUCCGCUUCUGGAUGAGAUGCAGUCGUCUGAUAGUGCGCCGUCACCGGUGAACAACAACCUUCGCCAAGGGUCGCCUUUCGUUCUUGCACAACCGCCCGCUGUGCGCCAGCGUUCUGUGGAUUCUGGUGGUGGGGGUACCGCUGAGCAAGACAGUGCCCCUGUUCCUGCGACUGUUCCUGUUCCUGCGACGGCUAAAGGGCGAAAACGGAAAUCGGAUGAGACACAGCUGGACCCGCCGCCACCACCCUCAGCGGCGCCGAAGCCCCCCGCGACGUCAGCGGCACCACCAAGACGGGGAAGGAGAAAUCGAUAAGUUUUGUAUCACGUAGUUGAUUGAAGGAGAGAUAUAUAGCAUACUUGUACAGCACUAUAGAUCACGCUUUUGUAUUAAUCCAGCAUCAAAUCAUUGUAACGAUAUAAAUAGGUGGCAAUAUAGCUUUGGAGGACGGCCCGUGGAGACGAAAGAGAAUGUGGUAUACGCAAG